GCAUCAUGUCGCUAUCCAAGUGCCCCGCAGAGAUCCUGCACCACAUAUUCUCGCUGGCGUGCACCGACGGCGGACGCACGGGCCGGGCACUCGCGCGUGUCUCGCGCGUCGUCGCCGCCGUAUCGUCGCGCACCCGCCUGCGCUCUAUCCAAGCCGCGGGCGAAGACGAACUGCGCGCGCUCGUUAACCUCCUCGAGCGAGCCCACCCGAACGCGCGCAGCACUGUGCGCGACCUGCUCAUCUGCGACAGGAGAGGGGACCAAGCGGACGACCAGCCGCAGCCCGUGCGAAUGCCGCACGCGCACGAUGGGAACGCGGGCUGCAAGUGCUCUCAAGCGGGCGGAGGAGGCGAGGGCUGGUUCUGCGACGUCGAGCGCGAGGCCGAAGAACAGGAGAUGCAGGCGCAGAGCGACGCCGUGAACCGGCUCGUGCGUCGGCUGCUCGCGCUCGCGGGCCCGACGUUGCAGACGCUCACCUGCCUCAUCUUCGACCCGAACGAGCUCGACCUGUUCGCGACCGUCGCCGGCGCGCCGCUCCCGCGCCUCACCGCGCUCACGAUCCGCUUCUCCGCCUCGCCGGCGUACAUGCCCAUGGUGCUCCGGACGAAGAUCCAGCUGCCGAACCUGCGCCUGCUGCGCGUCACCCCGCCCCAGCUCAUCGUCCUGCGCAGCCUGUUCGCGGCGCCGGCGCUGAUCAGCGCCGCGUGCCCGACGCUGGAGGAGAUCGCGAUCCUCGAGGUGCCGACCUAUCCCCGCCACUUCGUCGACGCGCUCUGCUGCCUCCUACACCGCGAGACCGACGUCAAGGCGAGCCUCCUCCCCCUCGUCAGCGGCAACGGCAGCCCCAUCGCCAGCGGUGGCUCCUGGCUCGCCAACCCCAGCGUGUGCGCGACGCUUCCCCGGUUUGGCGACGGCGGCGUGAGGCGGGUGAACGUGGAGCCGUUGGACGUUAGAAGGAAGAUCUCAGAGACGGAUCAAAAGCCGAAUACCGAGGGCUCGAAGGAUGAAGAUGAUGAGCGGGAGAAGAUCGAGUUGAAGAUGCUGAAACCGGUGCUGACGACGAGAGGCUUCGAGGAUUGGAGGAAAGAUUGGUUGCAGGAGAUCUUUAUUGACGCUUGAAAGGACUAUAUUCCCUGUAUAAGUAGUGUACAGUAGGGAACCAAACUGUAUGUAGUACCAUACGCGCUGCAACC